CAUGAUAGCAGGGAAGGUCUAUAAUUAAAGAAUACGUUCAUCUGACCAUAUAGUAAGAGGUUGUGGUAACGAUGCAUGACUUGUCUUUACAUCAAAUGUGUCAAAGCGUAUGCCAAGCCGCUGCCUGUCCCUAUUAUAAGGAUCAUCCCGCAUAAACGCGCGGGAAAGACGACGACACAAACCCCUUGUCGUCUGCCAAGAGAGGGUCUGUCAACAGCGGCGGCGGCUAGAGCCUGCCAUUUCUUGCCAGAGACGUACACUUGUGAGGACCUGUGCGGGCCACCUACAAAUCGCUCUGUUCCAGUUCUUUUGACUCAUGUGUUUUGGUCAUUGACUCAUUCUUGCAAAUCAGGUCUUACGUAGUGCAAUGAGUUUUGAAUUCAGAGCUACUGUUAGAUACAUAUUUCCGGCUUCGAAGUUUUAGACGCGCGCUAUUUUCGCAGAAGUUAAUAUUUUAGUUUCACACAGGGAAUACAGUUUACCGGACAGCUAGCGCCGGGCGGAGAUAUAUAAGACGUGGAUUCGCGAAGGAUUAUCAUUCCAACGCUAUUAGCAGAGAGAAAGGAUACUCUCAUAUACAAAUAUCCAAACUUACUCGAGUAAAGGAUCAGUGUGUAAUAUCAAAGCGGUUCUUUCUUCAUUAAGGACACACAUUUAUGAUUAUUUCGUCGCUUGUUGGGUGCAGUUGCUUUUGGAAUUAAAAGGAAUAUCAUUGUUCGUGAUCGACUGACUUUGGAAUAACUCUCUUUAUCAUUCCAAAGUCAAAGCAAACAGCGGCACUGCCAAUAUUGGUUUAUUACUUGUGUACUGUCUAAUGAGAAAAUGAACACGAUGGAAUUCAUAUUGAUCAGAUGUGGGAGGAUUGCAGGGGGACGGAAUGCAACAAAUAACAUGUCAAGGACGAAACGGUUACAAAGUAAAGUGGCAAAACAGACGAUAACGCCGCUCUUAAUGAUAAUUAUGUAUUUCAUUUCAUCAUGUCAUGCUACAGAUCCCGGUCAAUUGAGAUUAAUGGGGAUGCACAACGGGGAAGGCAUCGUCGAGAUCACAAAUCAAGACCAAUGGGGUCUCAUCUGUGCCAGCCGGUGGACGAUGUUCGACGGCGAUGUCGCCUGCAGGCAGCUCGGCUACGAAGGCGUGACGCGAGUCAUGCGGGUGACGCCGGGUCGCGAAGACCGUAUCAACGCCCAGGUCGUGUUGAACGGCACAAACUGUGAGGGUAUGGAAUCCCGACUUGUAGACUGUGAACAUUCGGGUUUCGGGAAUUUUACGGAGUCGUGUCAGCCGAUGACGUUGCCUUGGGUGUCGUGUAUAGGAGCUGAUAUUCCGGAGGUCACAGAUGAAGUGGGUGGAGGAGAUCUUGAUACAAGUAAUCAUGUACCUGUACUGUCUGGAAGGAUAUUACCGCCUGUCGCAACUGUACCAGUAGAAACAUUCCCUGCGAUAUCAGUUCGGCAUGUUGGUCAUGACAGUGUAUCACUGAGCUGGUUGGACUGGUAUGAUAGACUGAGAGCGAGCGAUCCAAGAGCUUACCGAGUUCGUAUCAUCAUCAAGUACCGUCGGGUGGAGGUACCAGGAGUACAGAGUACAGAGAACUACACGAUAGCAGCCGAGGUGCCUACCUACUGGACUGACCAUACGAUUAGGGGUCUUCAACCCCAGACGGCUUACGAGUUCAUUGUCGAGUCCGUAAGAUUGUCCAUGUUUGGUGGCGAGGUCAUUGAGCCUCCGAGUGCACCCGUCUAUGUAAGGACUGUUUGCGGGGGUCCACCACCGAUUAGGCAUCUCCACGUCGAAGCUCCAUCAAACAACGCUACGGUCCUUCACAUCCACUGGACGAUGCCCGCCGACAACGGAUGCUCCUCCGACGAGUACGUGAUCGAAUACCGACAGGAGAACCUCGAUCAGUGCGAGGAGACAUCGCUUCUCCCAGGCCAGACGAACAGGCUGACGCUCGCCGGGGUGACGACGAUGACGCAUCUCGUCGUGGCGGCAUUACAACCCUACUCCAGUUAUACCGUCUUCGUAUCGGCCAGAAAUCAAUUUGGUAGGAGUAGGAAAGUGAACUCCACCAAGAGGACGUCGGAAACAGUUCCUUCAGAUAUACCCGUUAACAUCAACCACAACUUCCAGAGCCAAAACUCCCUCAAGCUAACGUGGGAUCCACCCUCUUGCGGUUGGCGUGGUGGCCACAUCGUCACCUACGCCUACAUGCUCAUCGACAUCAACACCGACAGCGUCAUCCACAGGGGAAGCACUCGGAGGGAGUUCGUCGUCCUUACCGGUGUCGAUUCUCUUCAGAGGUACAAGUUCCUGGUGGCGGCCUCCACGCAGCGAGGUGUCGGUCCCUUCGCUGUAUCCGACAUUCCCGUGGAACCCAACAUCCUGCAUAUAUGUGGAAUGGCACAGGAGCGGACAGCUCGUAUCAGUACAGGGAUGCGAGCCCCUAGGGGCGCGGCGCCCUGGAUGGCACAACUCUGGAAUGUACAAUCAGGGCGUAUGUUCUGUGCUGGUAGCAUCAUCAACGAAUAUUGGAUCAUCACUGCAGCCCAUUGCGUAGAGGCCCAAUCGCACUCGGCUUCGACUCUCAAAAUCCAGCUCGGCGACUACGACCGGCUGAUGCCCGAGACACAUCAACGCGCUUACGAUGUCGCCGAGAUCGUCGUUCACGAGGGCUCUCAGGUUCAGCUAGAUCAUGACAUAGCUCUUAUCAAACUCAGUGAACGCAUCGAGUUCAAUAACUACGUCAGACCCAUCUGUUUUCCCACAACUAAGCUUGCCAAGUCUUUUCUCAAGAGUGGCAGUUACGGUUCGGUGGCAGGAUGGGGACGCAAAGGGGACAACAUGGAUUACCCUCGUUAUCUCAACCAGGUUUUCGUUCCUGUCGUCGAGAGAAAAACGUGCCGGCGGGCGACGGACUACGAUUUCACUUCCAACAUGUUCUGCGCAGGGUUUCGAGAAGCGAACCGAGGCGAUGCUUGUGAAGGGGACAGUGGAGCACCCUUUAGCAUGCAACACGCCAAUGGCCGGUGGUAUAUACUUGGUACGGUCAGUUGGGGUGAUGCUUGCGAUGACCAGGAUAAAUACGGCUAUUACACACGACUGCAUAGGUAUACCUCGUGGAUAAAACGUCACACUAGAGUCACCACAGAGUGAUCUGAUGGCCUGAUGAGAAGAGAGGCAGAAAAACGAACAAAGGAAACUACUAUCUCUCUUCUCUCCUUAUAAAUUUAUAAAUAUAUACUUUCGACCAAAUUUGACCAGACAAACGAAAUAUUAUCAUGACAUCUAAGAGUUUUUUAUCGUGAAUAUUAAUUGCCUUAUUUUGCCAUUAGCUCUCUCAUUUUACAACCGUGAAUCGCCACAGAUAUCAAUAUUACUGGACUAUUCUACUCGCACAACGGACGAAGCAGAGAGAGUGCACAUAUCUUUUUAUAAUGACGCCUUCAAUGAUGGAUUGCUACAUAUUUGUCAUUAGUUGAAAUGAGAUCAUUGCAAAACAAUCGUGACAACCGUGGUGAUGAAGGCGAUUUACAAAUGAAGUACAUCGGGCAGUGAAAGGACCAUUAUACCUCGGCGGAUUGAACAACUUUUGGGAAUAAAUUCAUAUAAAAAUCGAAGGUGCAGACAAUUUUUAACAAUUUUGAUGAGAGGUUUUGAAUCUACUUCUAGGUACGGAGAGGACGAAUUUCGUCUUGAUUUCCUAGCGACCAAUGUCACAGGUAAUAUUAUACGCUGGUAAAACCUCUUUUCUAAAUGAACUCCAAUUGUCAAACGCAAAUGUUUUACAGAAGAUACUCUUCACCAAUGGACAUUGUUUCCUAUAUUUUAGCAUGAAAAAUUCGUAAAUAUGACAUCAGAGUUUUCCCUGGACAUUGAUUAAAUGGAAACAAAUGUAAAAUAUCGUAAUUCUAAAUCUGCGAACAUUGGCGUAAAGUUUCAUGGUUGAAUUAUGAAAGUGACGUUAAACUUGUGAGAGUUACCAUAACAUUGCUAAUCUACUUGGAUGUUAACGAUGAAAGCAAGUAACAUAUAUAACGACAACAAUUAUCGUGGUAUUCCAAUGAGAAAUAGGCUCAAGAAACUCUGUGUCCUGAGGUGCUCUUAUCUUCCCGUUGGGUUAUUUUAUAAACACCAGCUAUUUCAUGUGUAAAUAAAAUGUUAUUUAUUUUGACAGCCUUUCAAGAUUUUAACCAUUCUAUGUGAAUAAUUAUAUUCUAUCACGUGACAUUGACAUAAAGUCAAAUAUGUAUAUAAUGUUUUUUUGAAUGAUUUGUUUGGUAUAUAAUAGAAAGCCCCUUGUGCCUUGCGUAGUGCAUUUGUAAAACAGAGAUCGGGCUUUUUUGCUUCUUUAAAACAAAUGAUAUCACAUGUUAUGUCUGAAUAUCCCUUUCCACCUUCUAACAGGGGAAAAUAUUGAAAUAUAUAUUUCUAAUAAACGGUUUCCACAAUGCACAAUACAAUGAAAUGAAACAGCUUAUUUGCUUUUAGAUUUUCAAAUUUCGCUCUGCGCUCAGGGGGGGGGGGGUGACUAUUAAUACACCCUUGGUCGUUUAUUUUCUGUUUAUAUGAUGUUGGUGCUCGAUUUAUAAACUAACAACAAAAACAAUCAGGGUUGAAGUACAUGUAUCUCUAAAAUCAGCUUGAAAUCAUCAUUAUUUUCUGAAGUUUAUAAUAGCAUAUUGAGGUGUAUCUCAUUGGGGGUAUAGGGAACAUAGGUUACAUAAUUAUGUGGGGGAAGUAGUUUUGUUUAUAAUCAUGAUAACGAGUAUGCAACUGAAUAUGGUCCAAAAAUAAGUGGAGACAUUAAUUAAUCAGAAGGUUAAAAUAAGGUAUCUUUUUUUUCCUCCAGAAUCAACUAGAGUUCAUGCCAAUUGAAGGAACUUUCAUAAUACUUCGAUUCAUUAUAGGAAAUGUACAUUUUUCAGCUACAGUACUAAAUGAACGUUAAAUUGUAUUAUAUUUUAAUGAAUUAAUAGACUUCAAGAUCACAAAGUGACCCUCUGUAUUAACAUGUUAUAUACUAUGAAUGAAAUAUUUGGUUUGACCAGAGAGGGUAAGCCUGCUUUGACUAAGACGUAUAUCGAAGUAAUGUUGUUACUUAAAUUUAAUCAUCUAGUUGAGAACACGAACAGAGUUUCAAAGCUUAACGAUGGCAGUAAAUACAUGUAUUUCUAUUUUUGCUUUUUGAAGGUACAUUCAAAUAUGGAGACCUUCAUUUUCUUGAGCUAUUUAAUUCUGACAUGAAACCAUUUACAUGUUUUCGUAUUACUAUACUCUGAAUAUUCAGCUAGAAAAUACAGAUGAAAUUGGUGCUACUCUUUUACAGUUCUUUCUGCUUAUAUUCAUUUUCUGUACCUGAGAACACGAAUAGACAAACUCACAAAAUAUUGUGUUUCAUACUGGGUUAUUACGAGGAAGAGAUGGUGCAAAUAUUUUUGGGGGGAGAUGUCCUUGUGCUUGCAGAAUCACAAAACACAUUGUUGUCUGGGAAAUAGACGGAUGCCCGCAUUUUGCGAUAAUAUGUCCAAAGAAAGACACAAGACUUGACAUUGAAAUUCGCCGGUACUAAAAUUAGAAUUACGGUCGCUGCAUGACAUCGAUAUUUGACGGGAAACCAGAAGGACGUCGACAGUUAAAAAUCAUUGAAAUGACAUUCAUGUUACUUUAGACGCAUUUUUCGAACUUUUAUUUUCCUAGAGCACUUCCAGCCAUGGGGGAGGGGGCACCUAUAUUACUAUGCAAGUAAAAUGCUAAAUGAUAAGACCAUCUUGUGGAAUGGGGAUGUGGAAGGAGAGCAACCGUGUUUUUACGUUUCCCUGCCCCGUUUAGCUUCUUCCCCGACCUUUUUUUGUUCUUUAUCGCCAUUCGAUGGGGGUAUCCCCUGUGCCCCUUUAUCUUCUCCACCCCUUUACUCUAGCUUGGGCAACUCCGUGAUCUCUUAACUGAUAAAGGGUCAGUCGAGAAGACUGCUGGAUGGGUAGAUCUUGUCUGGAGGUUAUGUGUGAGAGGCAAGGAAACACAAUGGGCAAAGAGUCUCGGUUCUCUCUCGUCACUCAGAAAUACCUUCAUCCUGUGCGGGAGGCUCUCCGACAAACUCAAUUAGAAGGUGACGAAGAUUGCAGAGCGAAACCUAGGAAAAGAGGACACGAGUUUGCCUUCCGCUUGUGCUGCUUUGCUUUUACAGGGAGGGGGGGGGGGUUGGAGGUCGGAGGAUCUUUAUGGGGAAGAUAGUUUACCAUCGAAACAAUUAAAAGGGAUUAACUUAUUGUUCUCCUCUAGGAUUUUGUUAUUCUGGUUUUUUAAAUAUCUUCAGUAUUACUUUUGUCCAAAUCAAUUCCCGCUCUCUUUCUUUGAUUUAAGUUCAAUACCUGCCUCAUUCUUAAUUAUGUGCAGACGGUUCAACUGUCGCUUUUCCUUAUUUGAUAGGGGAAAUUAGCUUGGACCGAAACAAUUUUGUGAAAUAUUUGAAAUGCUUCAACCAGUUUAAAUUGAUGAUGUAUGUGACAGUAUGUCUGUUUUGAAGCCUCAUGAAAAUUUCGUUCUAAAAGUAAUUUACAAUCGAGGAAAUUUCGUGCCAGAUAUUAAAUGCAAGUGUCACUGAAACCCACAAGGGUAUGAAAUCAUUCAACUAUAACUUUGUCAAAUGCGUUAUAGCGCCAGCUAUAAUGUUGGUUAGCGUUUUUAAGUCUUGUGUAAAAUAUUUGUUAUCAAAUGCCAUACAGGUCUUUUUAUUGCUGAAGAUAAGUGUAAGGGUGUCUUUUUAUUUAUAUUUGAGCUUUAGGGAAAAUAUACCAAUAAUUUAUUAAAUAAAUUUCAACAAAAAAAU